GUUAUAAGCCCAACACAUGUAUCUAUGUGUAUCACAGAAAUACAAAAUUUAAUCCGGUGAAAGUUUUUCCAAUUCGGCUUCGGGCGCUUCGGUAUUCACUUCACAUUUGUGUUUUACUGAUUUGUUGUCCUCGAUGCAAAAACCAUAGAUAAACGAUUUAAGAUUAAAAAUUACCACAAAUUGUAGUCGUAGAGCCGAGUAAGUUGGUCGGACGUUUGAAUCUAUAUUUUGCUGUUCUGCGUUCACUUGUACACGUGGCUCAUGUUAAAAUGUCGUCUGCUAUCGAAAAGAAAAAUUUUAUUUUACGGAACCUUCAAGAAGUUCUUGGCGAAGACAAACUCGAUGUCAUACUAAAAGAAAGAGAUUUAAAAAUUUAUUGGGGUACAGCCACAACUGGACGGCCACACAUUGCGUAUUUUGUUCCAAUAUCCAAAAUAGCGGACUACUUAAAAGCUGGAUGUGAGGUUACAAUAUUAUUUGCUGACUUACAUGCAUAUUUGGAUAAUAUGAAGGCACCUUGGGAACUAUUGGAACUCAGAGUACAGUAUUAUGAGCACUCAAUUAAAGCUAUGCUUAGUUCAAUUGGUGUAUCACUUGAAAAAUUAAAAUUUGUACGAGGAACAGAAUAUCAACUUUCUAAGUAAUAAGAAUCUUCAAAACGAUAACGGCCGUAUUCAUAGU